ACAGUUCGUAGUUGGAUAGUGUCCCGCAUGGACGUGCUCUGCACCGGACAGCCAGAAGGGAAAAUUCGUUGCGAUUCAUCGUUCAUCAUCGCGAGUGGUUGCAAGCGGAACGGUUUUGAGCGUCCGUUCAUGAUCGGUGCUGUGAUUUGUCACAUCGAAGUCUCUGCGUUAGCGACGAACCCCACGGCGAACGGUUGGAGGAAGCGACAUCGGUUUACGAUCGCGCGCGACUCUCAACCGGGCAGCAUAUAAUUAGGCGGGUUUUGCGUUCGGCAGAAUCGAUACCCGCUUCUAGAUCGGGCCAGCAGCAGAUAAGGGUGGGUUCCGGCCAGCUCAUUACUCAUUUCGGGGCCGGCUCCCGUACGUUCGGACGUGAUCGGAAAGCAGUGUGGCACAGUGUCCGAAUACGUGAAGCCGUCGUGUAGCAGCAGUGACACCGGACGGCGGAAGUACAGCCGAAAGCAGGGCGGGUGCUACCUAUUCAUUGACAGGCCAGUUUAAUUUGGUGGAAAAUACAAUUAAAAGUGUGUGUGUGUGUGUCUCCGGGAAGCCACCAUCAUGGAUUUUCUGCACCAGAUGAAUCUCACCGAUUUCACAAUCUCGGAACUGUUCAACGUCAAGGGAGUCGAGGAACACAUCGAUGCGUACCCUUUGAUGGCAUCGCCCGUACCGAGCUCCAUCGUGAUUGCCAUAUACCUUUACUUCAUCUACAAAUAUGGACCAAGCUACAUGGAGUACCGAAAACCCUUCAACCUGCGCUGGAUCAUUGCGGCCUACAACAUCUUUCAGGUGGUGGCGUGCGGGUACCUUGUGCUCAACUACAUUAAGGUAGGAUUCGAAUUUAACUUCAUCGGACGCUGCACACCGAAGCUCCCGGUCACCGAGUACGAGCAUGGGCUGGAUGCCGUCUACUAUGGUUGGCUCGCGAUGUGUCUCCGUAUGAUCGAAUUCAUCGAAACGGUAUUCUUCGUGCUGCGCAAGAAACAGAACCAGGUUUCCACGCUUCACGUGUACCAUCACAUCAGCACCUUCCUGAUCGUUUGGUGGAGCUUGAAGCUAAGUUUAUCCUACCAGGAGAUGUCCAUCAUGGUACUAAACUCGAUCGUACACAUGAUCAUGUACUCGUACUACUUUCUGUCUUCGUUCAAACCCUGCCAACCGUUCACGAACCGCGUCAAGCCGGUCAUUACCAUCAUCCAGCUGGCGCAGCUUGUCACGAUGCUGGUGCACGUGUAUGCCGCCCUUCAGCCGUCCUGUGCCGCCAACAAAACCAUCUACACACUGCACGCAAUCAAUCUGGUCAUCCUGAUCAGCCUGUUCACCAACUUCUACAUCCAGACGUACGUGCGAAAGGCACGGAAGCUGAAGCAAAAGUAGAGUUGUUCGUAAUUUGCUUUUAGUUUUUAACUAUUGUGUGGGUUAAGCAUAUGGGUGGGUGAAAAUUGGAGGUGAAAAGAUUAAGCGUAAACAUUAUGCCAGACAAAUCAGCAGCAGCUGCAGUGCAGUAGCAACCCACAGCAUGUUACCGAAUGCAUCCAAAUGGGUGUCAUCGGUAACAUUUCUGUGUCUGCUCCAGAUUUCACAACGACGCGCGAAGGCUGUACAUUUUAUCUAUUUAUGCACUUUCCUUUUGCAUCCUUUCAUCUUCUACAAAAACCCUGAACUGCCUUCAAAAAAUACUGUUUUUUUUUACAUUUGAGAUAAACGAUAAAUAAAUAAAAAUAAAAAUGUCCCCUUUUGUGUGUACAA